CAGCGACAUGUUCCUGCACCUAAAUUCGACACAAUCCAAACCCCAGCCCCAGUCAUCUGUUGCGGCGCAGCCUCCUCGUCGCUUCCACCGCUUUGUUGGCCUUUCACCACUCACUCUCUUUGGGCACUCCUACUAAGAAAAGCCAACCCGGUUGACUGUCUCUUUCGCUCUCUUGUUCCAUCAUCCCACCAGAAUCGAAAUCGCAAACGCGCUCCCGCUGUACCUGUAAUCGAAGUCUUACCUCCUCGUGUUCUGUCUCCGUCGCAACGGCCUGGCGCCCCCUGUUCUCUCGUUUGUACCCUCCGCUUCAAUCGCUAUGCGAUAUCGCCCUGAAGAAUAAGACAAAAAGCACGGGACAUAGCAUCGCAUUUUCAAGAUGGGUUGGCCAAAAUGUAACACCACGUUGGAGGACAUGGUAAUCACAGAAGAUCCUAUAUGGCAUGGCAAGACGUUGCACGACCUUGGACUCUAUAUCGGCGCGAUAUUCACCUUCAUCGCGGUGGUGGUGUCAUUAUUCCUCAUCACAAUGCACGCAACGCAUUACCUGAAACCAUGGGAGCAAAGGCAUAUCAUUCGAAUCCUCUUCAUGGUCCCUGUCUACGCUGCCGUUUCCCUCCUUUCUUACUACUACUACAACCACAGCGUCUACUUCGAAGUCAUUCGAGAUUGUUACGAAGCCUUUGCCAUUGCCUCCUUCUUCAGUCUGCUUUGCGCAUAUAUUGCUCCCGACCUGCACCAACAGAAAGUCUACUUCAGGACCAUUACACCCAAGAAAUGGGUCUGGCCCAUGAAAUACUUCCAAAAAUGUACUGGAGGCCCGGACAAAGGCUUCUUGAGAACCCCUAGGAGCGGUCUCACGUGGUUCAAUGUCAUUUGGGUCUGCAUUUUCCAAUACUGCUUCGUCCGAGUCUUCUUUACCCUGGUUGCGGUCGCCACUCAAGCCGCGGACCUCUACUGCCUGGAAUCUCUCAAUCCUGCAUUUUCACACGUCUGGGUCAUGGUCUUCGAAUCAAUCGGCGUCACAGUGGCCAUGUACUGCCUGAUCCAAUUCUACGUGCAGAUUAAGGACGACAUUCGACAACACAAGCCCCUGCUCAAGAUCACCGCCAUCAAAUUGGUCAUUUUCUUGAGUUUCUGGCAGACCACAACCAUCUCCUUCUUGACCAGCUCCGGCGCGAUAAAAGCAAGCAACAAGGUGCAGACUCCAGACAUCAAAGUCGGAAUUCCAGCUCUCUUGCUGUGUGUUGAGAUGGCCUUCUUCUCGAUUUUUCAUAUCUGGUCUUUCAGUUGGAGACCGUACCUGCUAGGUUCGAAAGAACUAUUGGCCGAGGCCGUUCCAGGAGAAGACUCGCGUCUUUCAUAUCAGGGCGGCUUCAUGGGAGUGAAGGCUUUGUGGGAUUCGUUCAAUGCUUGGGACAUGUUGAAAGCGACCGGUCGCAGCGCCAGAUGGCUCUUCAAAGGUCGCAAGCAUCGUCACACCGACUCGAGUUACGACAUGUCGCGCAAGAACACGACCGCAAGUGAAUAUGCCCAGGGCCAAAAGAUGUCCAAUUUCAGCGGACCAACUGCAUACACUGGCGCUCCCCCACCACCUCAAUACGGUGGUGAAGAGGGCGUCAAUUUGCUCGCCAACAGCCAGAGUAUGCCGACAUCUCGUCCUGCCAUGCCGAGAAGGGAGAGUGACCCUAGUGAGGCGCCCGAGUAUUACGAUCAGGGCGACAUUGGCGUUGCGACAACGACAUAUGACGACAAAUAUACGCCGCGAUACAACCAACCCCAAUCGAAUUCCGCGCCUUAUCCUGGCCCUAGUGGGCAAGAGAGUGGUGUAGUCGCGGCACCUUAUCCGCACUCAGUCCGAGAGCCGUUUGGACAACCAAGUCGAGACAACAGAAUGUCAAUGCCGUACAUGCCGCCUCCUCGAAGUCCGCAGCCGAAUCAUGGUGAAAACAGGGACAACUUUUUGUAAAAACAGAAUAUCUGGUUAUGGGCUAUGACUUGAUGAAUAGUAAUGUGAAUGGGAAUGGUGUAGCCUCUUCUUUGAAUCAACUUUUGAAAAACGGAGUUCUGGUCGGCAAUUGGACUCUGCGCGCAAUCUGAUCGAC